AUGUACUCUAUCAACCACCUCACCAGCGCCCUCCUGAUGGCGACCUCCGUCCUCGCAGCGCCUCAGCCUGAGAUGAUCGAAAAGCGCCACCCUGUGGACUUUGUGGGCGCCUGUGAGAUGUUCAGACCCGCUCCCAAUGAGCUUGGUCUCCUGACCGCUGGCGGCGUCGAGCUCGCCUGGGACGGCAACAACCUUGGCAACAAAGCCUCGGAUAAGGCUGCCGUCUUGUUCGACUCCAACUGCAACAUCAUCUCAUCGACCAAUUGGCGAACUAUGAGCCCAGGGUUUAGCAUUGAAUGGACGUGGGAAGGGGGACUGGUCAUCAGCGCUAAGACCUCCUGGAUUGGCUACGACAUCACUCCGCCGACAAUCUGGGUCAAUGGCGAAGAGCCUUACAAGCUUUGCAUGGAUACGCAGCAUAAGAUGAACGGUCUCAAUGCCGGAGACUGGCGCUCUUGCAACUUCCAGCACAACGGCCUUUAUGGUGGCUUGGAUGCCUUGUAA